AUGCCAAGAUCCAAGUCUAAAGAAGGUGGGGCCGUCAAGGUCAUCUUGAUCAAAGAUGGAACCAAGAUUAAAACAAUGCCUGACGGGAGCAAGAUCAAGAUUAUGCCCGAUGGGCGCAAGUUUAAGAUGAAGCCCCCAAUGUCGUCCUUAGCCCCGAAUUCAACCACGCCAGAAACACCACUGCUCAAGCCGUCACACAAUGAAAGCAUUAGCAGAAAAGAAGACGGGAAGCGUAAAGAGCCACCAAUCUCCAAAUCUAAAGAAGGUGGGGCCGUCAAGGUCAUCUUGCUCAACGAUGGAACCAAGAUUAAAACAAUGCCUGACGGGAGCAAGAUCAAGAUUAUGCCCGAUGGGCGCAAGUUUAAGAUGAAGCCCCCAAUGUUGUCCUCAGCCCCGAAUUCAACCACGCCAGAAACACCACUGCACAAGCCGUCACACAAUGAAAGCAAUAGCAGGAAAGAAGACGGGAAGCGUAAAAAAGCACCAAGCUCCAAGUCUAAAGAAAGUGGUGCCGUCAAGGUCAUCUUGCUCAGCGAUGGCACCAAGAUUAAAACAAUGCCGGACGGGAGCCAGAUCAAGAUUAUGCCCGAAGGGCGCAAGUUUAAGAAGAUGCCCCUAAUGUCGUCCUCAGCCCCAAAUUCUGCCAGGCCAGAAAAACCACUGCACAAGCCGUCACACAAUGAAAGCAAUAGCAGAAAAGAAGACAGGAAGCGUAAAGAGGCACCAAGCUCCAAGUCUAAAGAAGGUGGCGCUGUCAAGGUCAUCUUGCUCAUCGAUGGCACCAAGAUUCGAAUAAUGAUUGAUGGGAGCAUCAUCAAGGUUAUGCCCGAUGGGCGCAAGUUUAAGUGGAGGACCCCAACGUCGUCCUCAGCCCCGCAUACCGCCAGGCCUGAGAAACUACUGCACAAGCCGUCACACAAAGAAAGCAUUACACAAGUAGAAAUGGUCACAGGAUUUCAUAUGACACAUCAGCAAUUUAGAAAACAGGUCAUAGAGUACCUUAAGAAGCACAGACACACACCGGAUGGAAGUCUCAUGGAAGACUGGCUGUUGGACAGAGACUGGGAUGCUUAUCUAGCAGAUAUGAGCAGAGACAGGCUACCCAUGUGGGGCCUGGUGGCCUGA